AUGGAGGAUACAGAUAUAUCUGGUCCCUGUUAUAAGCCAUGUUUGUUUCUUUUUGGAAACGUUGAUAAGUACGGAAAAUUAGAGGAUGAGUAUGCCAGGGAUGAUGAUCUCGCUUCCAUUAAUAAUAUUGAUUCUGCAAAUGUGGACGAGGUUGAAGCUACUGUUAUAUCUCUUGUGGCUGAUGAUUCAAGUAAUUCUUCGCCAGUUUUAAUUGAAACCAGUGAGAUUUGUUCUGAUUCAUUUCAAUCUAUCGAGCCAGUGGAUUAUUACAAUGAAUCGGAAUUGAUAUCUUUUCACGAAGUUGAAAAUUCUGUUGAGGUUCGAAACGAUGACGAUGACCACUAUGAUAGUGAUGAAGUACUACUCAAAUCUACUGGCACAUCAGCCCAAAGUGUGCAGUCCAAAGUCCUCAUUUCAAGCGGUACAAAACUGUCUAGUGCUCCUGUUUCUCCCGCUUAUGUUAAAGUCUUAUUCACUGCUCCUCCAAGAUCGCAGUCAGAACCAUCGUCCCCUAUUAGACCACGUCCUAACACCCCUUCUCCGAAACUCCAUCACGUUGCUGAAAAUCAGUCAGCAAGUGAUAAUUCUGCUUUGAUUAUGCCGCCUCCAUUACAUCCUGCUCCGCGCUAUUUGCUACAGCGAAAUCACUCAGUGAAUAGUGAGCUAAAUGGAGAUGUCGAUCUCAUGACUCAACGACGUUGUCUCAACACACCACUGGGAAAUCUUCUGCCUCCUGAGUAUGCCAAUGAGGAUAUAACCAAACUCUAUCCCCAUUACUCUACCAGUACAACCCCUAUGUGGGGUAGGAUUAUGAAUCUACCCUUUCCUCCCAAAAAAUUCGAUCAUCUUAAACGCGAGCCUGAGUUGUACUUGGAUAAUGGACCGUCGGAUUCUCCGGCUAUUAUGUAUGCUUCGACUGAAGAAACUACCUCAGAAGGGCCUCACUUGAUAUACAAUAAUCUCUUGGAUCUGGGUGAAAUCCCAACCAAGAAGGAGCAAUACGAAGAGGCUGAUAAGCAUGAUGAUAUGCGAAUUCUUCAAAUAUCCGCCGAUCCCGACGAGAACUGUCUAGCCGGUUCAAAUCGCUCCUGGUGGCAUGUGGCCUUUUCCAAGCGCCUUGGUGAAAUCGAGAAAGCCAACGAUGGGCCCACAAACGACCCUAGCGCCAAUGCUGAGUUGGGCGAGAAAAAGAUCCCAAAAAAAUCGAUUGGUGGGAUCGAAUCUACCAAUAGGGAUACGCCGACUGAAACAAGUGCUGUUUUAGACGAUACAAAAUCAAACGGGUUGGAGUGUAAAGGCAAACCUAAAGUUCUCUCCUUUAGAGAAGGUAUUGCGAAAUUCUGGUACGAUUUAUACAAUGUUCCCCGAGAUGCGGAUGUCGAGAAGUGGGAUGGCUGGCUGAAGAAUGAUCAUCCUCUGGAGAGCUCUGAAGACGAAAAGCAAUUGCCUAGUUUUGGAGAAUUAAAAGCAGCGCUACCUGAAUUUCCCUACAAAAUUGAAUUCCCCGACGUUUCUCUCAAGAGCAUUAAGGAAGUAGCAGAGAAAGCAUAUGAUGAUGAGAUUUUCCAUACAUAUGAGCUCACACGAUGGGAAAAGGAGAUUAUCUACGAUACCCAGAAGUACGCUAAAAAGCAACACGCCAGUCUAAUUCGCAAUGCUGCAGACGCAGGCUGGGUUCCGUCGAUUGAAUGUCGCACAAUGGCCUCCUUCAUGGACACCUAUCAGGGCAUCUGUCGAGGAGUCCUCAGUAGUAAGGUGAUUUCCGGCCAGCAGUCGGCUACAGCUUCAGCGGUUUCUACUGCGCAUCACACUACAGCCAGUGGUAUUACUGGUGGAGUACUUCAGAAUGCAGAAGGCGGGGUUAGCCAAGCACCGUCUACUCUCCGCCCUUCGACUACUAUGUCGACAUCCAACAGCCCGUCGACUUCGAAUAUCCUCUACUCUAUCUUCCCUGCGAAUGUUUACCCCUCACUUAGGGAUGGUUCCUGGGGAAAUGCUAUUAUAUACGAUCCACAGUUGGCCUGUGAAGCCAUCAUGAAGCCCCAUCUGUUGACACUUAAUAAGAAUGAUGAAGACUGUCUUCUCGAUGCAGUGCAGAAUGAUGAUGAAAUUGAAGCGGCUAUGGCACAGAGUACCGCGAAGAAGAACAAACCUCAGCAUGGGCAACAGGAUGGUAGUCAUGUGAAUAAAGCCAGCUUUCAUGUUACCUUCGGGUAUGCUUCUACAAGAGGGACCCUCACGGGAGCUCUUGCUAAAGCUGAGAAGGGAGCUGAAAAGGUCAAGAGGAUUCUUGGAAAGGCGAGUUAUCUACUGAAAAAAGCUACUAAAAUGCUACUAUCCAAAACUGGAAAACAGAUACAAACUGAAUACGUCUAUAUCCCAAUUAAGGUUGGUUUGUUGGCAGAAGGUGAAUGGAACGAAAACAAAUCUGACAGCGGUACUGAAGAUGCUAACGGUACUGGUGAGGGAGGAGAGGAUGCAGCAAACAAUGAUUUGGCAUCGGCAGCCGCUGCAGCAUCGGGCCUGCCUCCCAAGGAUCCCUUUAACAUCUCCAACGAUGAAUUCUACGCUGUUCGAUCUGGUGGUCUCUCGGGUAGCCUUGCACGCUGUGGGCCUCUUCAACACAGCAAUCCUGCUGUCGAACUUUGGCCUCCCUUCUUCCCUCCACAAAGCUCUGCUCAGAUGCUUCGGCAGUUCCAUCGUGUACCUAUGAAAGUAUAUACAAAAGGAGCUUCAUCACAAUACAACGUUCCAAUUGCCGUGAACAAUCUCACCAAACUUAUUCAACGCAAAGCCAAGGACAGGGAAGAUGAGAAAUUGGCAGCGGGUGGUGGUGAUAUCUUCUUCAUGCGCAAUCCACAAGACCUCUCUGGUUGCGAUGGUGACAUUGUUCUCUUUGAGUACUCUGAAGAGUUCCCUCCCUUCCUCAAUCAAGUUGGUAUGGCGACGCGGCUGGUCAAUUACUACCGACCUCUUGUACCCAAAGAUCCCUCACUUUCCCCUGACCCCGCUGGAAAUAGUACACCCCCUGACCUUCCCUACGGAUCACUGGUUAAUGUUGGCAGCACUGACUCUCCCUUCUUGGGUGUCAUACGUCCUGGCGGAUGUCUACAGAGUAUGGAGAACAACAUGUUCCGGGCACCAGUAUUCCAACACAAAACCCUCCCAACCGACUUCCUACUAAUUCGAAAUAAAAAUGGUCUUUACAUUCGAAAGCUACCCAUUGCAUUCACUGUCGGUCAAGUGUUGCCUCUUAUGGAAGUCCCUGGACCGAAUUCCAAACGAGCUAACAACUUUGUGAGAGACUUUCUUACAGUUUACAUUCUGAGGCUUUUCCUCAAGAGCAAGGAAACACCAAAGAGAAUAAAAAUGGAGGAGAUAAGGUCAGCAUUCCCCUAUCAUUCUGAAAGCACUGUCCGAAAGAGACUCAAAACUUGUGCUGAAUUCAAAAGAACUGGAAUAGAUGCAAGUUGGUGGGUUCUGCGCCCAGAAUACAGAAUGCCAUCGGAAGAGGAGUUGAGAUAUCUUGUUUCUCCUGAGGACUACUGUGCUUAUGCGAGUAUGCAAGCUGCUGAACUGCGACUCAAGGAUGCUGGUUAUGGUGAAAAGUCCCUCUUUGUACUAGAGGAGAAUCAGGAAGAAAAUGAAGAAGGUCAACCCAAGAUGGAAGAUGAGGUUCGAGCUGCACCUUGGAACACCACACGCGCCUUCCUUGCGGCACAACGUGGUGGAUGCUUCUUAGAACUUCAUGGUCCAGCCGAUCCAACCGGCUGUGGCGAAGCCUUCUCCUACUCUAAAACCUCAGCCAAACCCGGUGCCCUUUUCCGCUUGGCUGGCGGUGAAGCUCGUGGUCUUCUCAAGCACAAAAAUGUCACUGGUACCGAUGCGGAUCUUCGAAAAUUGCGUCUUCGGGAAGCCAGAGAGAUGCUGCGUGGUUUUGGUAUCAGUGAAAGCGAACUGGCCACUUUUAAACGAUGGGAGAUUAUCGACAUGGUUCGAUUCACCUCCACAGAACGUGCCAAACAGGGCGAGGAAGAAGACACUGCAAAAUUUGCUCGUGGAAACCGUCUUUCAAUGGCCGAACAAAUCCGCUGCUACCGAGAAGAGUGCCAGCGUAUAUUUGAUCUCCAAAAUCGGGUUCUUUCCAACCCGGAACUCAUUUCAACAGACGAGGAAGACGAAGAGAAGAGUUCCGAUGAUGAAGAUGAGGACGGAAAACAUUCGAAAACGACUAUUGGAGGGAUUCGAAUCUCCAAUCUUCCUUCGACUCAACAAUCGGCGAAAAAUGUACAAUCCCUACUCUCAAAUAAAAUCACGUCUGCACAGUUGCAUCAAAAGCAAGAGGAAGCAGAGAAGGAGGACUUAAAACGGAGCGUCGAGCUCGGAAAAAUAAUGAUGCGAAACAAGCGAAAACCAACCCCCCAGCCAGCAGCUUCAACUAGUAUGGCGGAUGGUCCUGUUGAAAUUCCUAAACCGGUGAAGUACAAAUACGGCUCCGAGUCCGCAGGCAUUGUCCUGGACCUCCCCAUUCCCAAUCCCUCUCUCCAGAAAACUGUUCGUAUAACGCGCGUUUUUCGCAAGGGGACUCCCGAAGAGUCUACUCAAACUGAGACCUUGCCAUGGUCAACUCAGCUGGAAAUUUACUUCAAAAUCAUCCAAUCUAGCAAUGCUGAUCAGAUCCAGGCUUUCAUAGGAUCUGAUGAGGAGUUCAAAGAGCAGAAGAGGAAGGAGAAGAGACGCUUACAAGAUCAGAUGCGUCGACAGAGGAGGCAACAGCAAUUCCUCGUUUCGAGGGGAAUUUCUGGCCAGGGACCCUUAAGGGACGCCUCUGGUCGUCUGAUUCCAAUUAAUAGACUUCCUGUUGUCACUGGUGGAGGUGUUGUUCAAAUACCAGUGUCCUCUUCGAGAAGGAAGAAUAAAGGAGGGAAUUACAAAAUGCGUUGUGGUGCUUGUGGUCAAACUGGUCACAUGAGAACCAACAAGGAGUGUCCCAUGUAUGGUCGAACUGAUGCUACUGCCCCGUCUAUUCAAGGAAGUGGUCGUAGUGGUUCUCGUCGAUCUGGAGUGGAUGUGCUGGCAGCACAGGAUCACAAGUCGAGGGCGGCAGCUCAACAAAUCGGUGGGUUACCGAAGUAUGCUCCAUCGAUCUCCAAUGAUUUUCGAGAGGCCUCAUCGAAUGCUCCUGCUCCGCGGAGUAUUGGACAUUCACGUCUCUCGGGUGAUUCGGAUGAUGGUUACGAUGACGAUCCAUUUAGCAGACGAGAUAUGGAUUAUCCAUUGGAGGAUUCAAGAGUGCAUGACGAUAUCCACAAUCAGCCUCAUGAUGGCUUCGAGGGUCCAGUUGGCAAGUUCAAGAUAAGUAGACGUGUGUUGGAACAGGUGGAACCGAGCACUCCAAGAAGUCAUCGUGGUGGUCGUGUCUCAACCACAGAAAAAGGCGGAGCUAGUGGAGGUGCAGCUCGUAGACGAAGUGCUAUCCCUAGUGCAGCUGAUGAUGACUAUCCAACAACGGCAAUUAAACACAGGGGAAAUAGACGACGUAUUGAUCCCAUCGUCUCUAUCAAUCAUAUUUUUGAGGAGAUCUACAAGGGUCUAAUUUCAAUUCAAGGCUCCAAGAUGUUUAUGCAUCCAGUUAGUAGAAAAGACUUCCCCAACUACUACAACGUAAUAGAGCAUCCCAUGGAUUUGUCCCAAAUUCGCAUGAAAAUCAACAACAAUGUCUACCAAACACGACAGGAGUUCAUGAAAGACGUGAAUUUGAUUCGAGAGAACUCUGAGAAGUUUAACGGACAGCACUCAUCCUUCACAGAAAUUGCCUCCAAGAUGCUCUCCUUUUUGCUCGAGUCCUUCGCCCAAAAAGAGAAUAAGUUGAUGCGGCUGGAGAAAUUGGCCAAUCCACUAAUGGAUUCAGACAGUCGGGUGCGACUUGGAUUCCUGCUUCAACAGGUUGUUGAUAUUAUGCAGAACUUCCCCAAUAGCCGAGCUUUCCAUCUUCCUGUGGACAAACGGCGUUAUACCGACUACUACGUAAAGAUAGCCAAUCCCAUGGACUUGGAUACCUUGAGACAGCGAUGCAAGUCGAAUCGGUACAAAAAUCGCGAUGAAUUCAUGAAGGAUGCUGAACUCAUUCUUUCCAAUUGCAUCCAAUACAACGGACCGGCGAGUAAUCUCACCAGCAUUGCUACCAACAUGCUGGCUGCUGCUAGGAACAAGCUGGAGGAACAGUGCGAACUCCUUGAUGUGGUUGAAAAGGAUAUUUUAGACCAUUUGGAAGAUUUAGAGGGCGAAAAAGCAGGAGGCGGUGGCGAUGCAGGUGACCCUGGACCUUCUACAUCUCGAGGGGCUUGGAAGAGGUCAAAACUUGAGCAUUCGGAUUUCUCUCUUCCCGGUGAUGAGUUGACUGCUCCAGAAAAACGGCCCAAAAUGGCUCAGGAUGAUCUUGAUGAAAAAUCGUACACAGCCAGUCCCCUAACAAAUUAUACCCAUGAUGAGUACUUCGAGGAGCAUCGUUCAGAAGCCAGUCAUCGACAACCACUCUCUCCUCAUGGACCCAGUACUUUCGCCGAUGAGGACAGUAGAUUAUCAUCUGCCGACCACACUAGUUUGGGUCUUGCACCAGAAGAUUGCCAAGUAGCAGAUGCCCUGAGACUGAGUUCCGAUUCCGACGACGAUGACGGUGAUGAGUAUGAUCAAGAGGGUGGUGAGUUAAUGUCAAUGGACGACACAUUCAUUGCUGCUGCAGAGAUUUCAAAUCAACACCAUCAAUAUAUGUCUGAUUUGGAUGACGACUGUGCAAAUGAUGGUUACCAGUCUCAUUCGAUGAAUGGAUCCCAUUCUCAAAUGUCUAUCGAUCAUACUGCAAGUGGUGGUGAGGAGGAAGACGUUUCUAAUCAGAGUCAUCAGCGAGUGGAAUUCUUUAUUGGCAGUGAUGAGGAGUACUCGAGUUCGAGGUAG